GCUGUCCUCUCCGGCUCCUGCCCUUCUUUCUCUCUCAGUUAGGGAACCCGAGCCCCGAUCGGGGCAACUAGGCGACCUCUCCUCGCUGGUCAGGGGUGCCCGCAGAGCGGCCGGGAGGAUUUUGGCCAAAUUGGGCGAGGGUACAAUAUUACCACUUACCCCUUCUCACCGAGGAAGAGCGGGAGAAAGGGUAAGCAUGGCACAGUCACAAGGCUGGCUGAGAAGGUACUUCAAGGCCCUGUGUAAAGGCUUUUUUGUGGCCGUGCCCGUGGCAGUCACUUUCUUGGACCGGGUUGCCUGCGUGGCCCGAGUGGAAGGAUCGUCGAUGCAGCCUUCCUUGAAUCCCGGGGGAAGCCAGUCUUCAGAUGUGGUGCUUUUGAACCACUGGAAAGUGAGGAACUUUGAAGUACAGCGUGGUGACAUCGUGUCGUUGGUGUCUCCUAAAAACCCAGAACAGAAGAUCAUUAAGAGAGUGAUUGCUCUUGAAGGGGAUAUCAUAAGAACCAUUGGACACAAAAACCGGUUGGUCAAAGUCCCCCGUGGUCACAUAUGGGUUGAAGGCGAUCAUCACGGACACAGUUUUGAUAGUAAUUCUUUUGGACCGGUUUCUCUGGGACUUCUGCAUGCCCAUGCCACACAUAUCUUGUGGCCUCCAGAGCGCUGGCAGAGACUGGAAUCUGUGCUUCCUCCAGAGCGCUUCCCAAUCCAUAGUCGUGAGGAGUGACCGCAUGAGAGGCUCAUCAUAGGAGGAGCUGUAGACACCAGACGCCUCCUACCAAAGAGAGAUGCUCCAGUGAUGCUGGGCAAGAGACUUCUGUAUGUCUUUAAGGUGGUCUGGAAUUUCAAAGAAAGACUUUCAAUAUUAAACAGUAUUCAAUGACAA